AUGCUCACCUGGCGACACGCAAACAAAAACACCCGCACACCUGCCGACCCCGGGUCCCCUCCCGCCGCCGCCCAGGCCGCGAGCCCCGAGUUCAAGGAGUACGCCAAGCUCGUCGUCGACAACAGCCGCUCCUUCGCCCAGGACAUGAUGUCCUUCGGCUACGACAUCGUUUCCGGUGGCACCGACAACCACCUGUUCCUGCUGGACCUGUCCAACAAGGGCGUCGAUGGGGCCCGUGCCGAGCGCGUCCUCGAGCUGGUCAACAUCGCCUCCAACAAGAACACCGUCCCCAAGGACCGCUCGGCCCUCGUCCCCAGCGGCCUGCGCGUCGGCACCCCGGCCAUGACCACCCGCGGUCUGAGCCCGGAGGACUUCAAGCAGAUCGCCCAGUUCCUCCACCGCGGUAUCACCAUCGCCGCCGAGGUCCAGGCCAGCCUGCCGGCCGGGUCCAAGUUCCGCGACUUCCGCGCCCACCUUGGCCCCAACGGCGAGGGCCACCCCGGCGUUGCUCCCCUGCGCGAGGAGGUCAUCGCCUUCGCCCGCCGCUUCCCGGCCGUCGGCUUCAACACCGAGACCAUGAAGUACCGCCCGGAGUAA